GUUUUUUAACGACAACUAACUCAAGAGUAACGUCGUCUGUAGAAUUUACCAUGGUUAAUAAUUAGUAUACAACAGGUAGUUCCCCAAUCCAAUUUGAAUUCUAUAAUGGAGGACUAGGGGGAUCAUAAAGUUGAAGCUCCACAGAGUUCAACAACGGAUUGUUGUAUAGAAAACUUAUUUGUUGUUUGCGAUUUCCGAAGCACUUAAUGCGACGACAGUGGCCAAGGUGGUGAUCUUCAACCCUUCAGGCGAAUCGAUUGUGACGAAUAAGCUAUGGCGGGUAAUGUUGAGAGGGGUAAUACAAUUGAAGAGUGUGUGGUAGAGACUGAUUCUGAUUCUGAUGUUGAUGGAGAUGGAUGUUCCAGAGUCUCCUAAAGGGCUAUAGGUGGAAUGGAUGUUCCAGAGUCUCCUAAAGGGGUAUAUGUUGUAGAGAAUGGGGAAUCAUCUAGGUCUCCAUGUGUUGAUGGUGAUGUGCAUAUCCAGGGCUGCAGGACCCCAGUUGAGACAGGAGGAAAUGUCCACACUCCACACAGUUGUUUCUAGUAAUAAGGUAAAUGUAGUGCACACUGUUGAAUGUCCAAAGGUUGGAAUGGUGUUCAGUUCAUGGAAAGAUGUAGAAUCAUACUUAAAGGAAUAUGGUGAGCAAUGUGGUUUUGGUAUCACCAGGGUUCAAGGUUCAUUUUCUAAGAAGACGGACAAGAAAGAUAAGGAGCGUAGGGGGUCCACCUGGAGGUGCGAGUGUUGGGGGAGACCGGACAUGAGGGCUGUGCGGGAGGCAAAGAAGAGGGCUAAAGCCAUGAAGGUCAGUGGAUCAGUUGGUGCUCAUAUUGCAGAACCUGAAUUAAAUCGGGGCAAGAGGAAGUCUAAAAAGUGUGAGUGCGGGUGGAGGAUUUAUGCUAGUGUUAAUAGUGAUGGUGAUUGGGAGUUGAAAACAGUUAUUCUGAAGCAUAAUAAUCAUAAACCAGACCCUAGCCAAGCUGAUUUAGUUAAGGAGUAUCGUAUGAAGCAGCUGACAAAGACAUUGGCUGAGAGGUUGAUGGUGUUCUAUGAGGAAGGAGUACUUGUUUCUCGUAUCCACGUGUGUUUUGCUGCUGAGAUGGGAGAUGGUGGAAAAAUGAAGAUGACUGUGAAGGAUAUGCAACAUGAGGUAUACAAGGCGAGGCGUUUGAAAAUGGAAGGCGGUGACUCGGCAGCCAUGAUGUCCUACUUUGAGUACAUGAUGGCUGAUAAUCAUAACUUUUUUUAUGUAACCCGUUUAGAUGAAAAUGGUCGCCUAAAGGAUGUGUUGUGGGUGGAUGCUCGUAGUAGGGCUGCCUAUGAAUACUUUGGUGAUGUAGUUUGCUUUGAUGCGACUUAUCUCACUAAUGAGUUUGCUUUACCAUUUGCGAAUUUUGUUGGGGUAAAUCAUCAUGGGCAAUCUAUUCUACUUGGAAGUGCUUUAGUCUCUCAUGAGGACUCUGAUACGUUUCGGUGGAUAUUCAAGCAGUGGCUGUCAUGUAUGGGAGGGAAAGCACCAAUUGGUAUUCUGACUGAUCAAGCGCCAGCUAUGCGUAAACCUUUGGAAGAGCUUAUGCCUCAUACCCAGCACAGGUGGUGCAUUUGGCAUAUCACUUCUAAGUUUGGUGACAAGCUUGGGAAAUGCCCACUGUAUGCUGAGUUUAAAAGCCUGCUGAAAAGUGUUAUCUAUGAGAGCUUCACCCCAGAGGAGUUUGAGCGGAACUGGUGUUCAUUCAUUAAAGAGUAUGAACUUGAAAAUAAUGAAUGGUUGAGUAACAUGUUCCAAGAACGAGAGAUGUGGGUCCCUGCGUAUAUGAAAGAGUUUUUUUGGGCGGGGAUGAAGACUACUCAAAGAGUUGAGAGUAUCAACAGCUUUUUUGAUGGUUAUGUUAGCCGGAAAACCAAGUUGCAUGAAUUUCCAAGACAGUAUACUAGAGCCAUGACCAAACGGGUCAAAGAUGAAACAGAUGCGGAUGCAAACUGCAAAAAGUACAUUCGAAGGCUUGUAAGCGGUUUCAAGCUUGAGAAGUUGUUUCAAAAGAUUUAUACUGAUACUAAAUUCCAGGAAAUUCAAACUGAGCUGUCUAGAUUAAUGUAUUGCUACUGCCGUGAUGAGAAGAUGAUUACUGAAACUGUUGUGCAGUACCUUGUUGAGGAUCGUGUUUGGAUAAUCCCGGAAGGGGAAAAGGAGGAAAUCAUAACAGAUCGGAGGAGGUUUUACCAGGUCACCUUUGACAGUAUCAGCAAGGAGGUGUUUUGUGAUUGCCGGAAGUUUGAGAGCUGUGGAAUAAUGUGCAAGCACAUGUUUCGCAUUCUUGACCAGAAUCUGGUUUUUGACAUACCGGAGAAAUACAUCCUCACUCGAUGGCGCAAGGAUGUACAAAGAAGGCACACCCGGGUAACAGUCCCGUACCAUGACCCUUCUAAAACUGUGCAGGUGAAGAGAUUCAAUGCAAUGUUAUCUAAUUUUGAGUCCAUUUGUGAAGUUGCUGCAAAUGUGGAUGACGAUACUGUGCUCCUUGUAAUGAAAACCCUUAGCAAGUUGAAAACUGAUGUAGAUGAAGCUAAACAGAAGAGGGAGCAACUUCGUGAUGUCUGUGAAGUUGUUAAAUUUCCUACUGAAGUAGCAGAAGGGUUGACCUCUUCAUCCAUUAGAAAACCUUAUACUCCAUCCCAAUCAACUGUGUUCAAUGAAGAACCUUCAUCCCAGCAGGAUGAAACUGACUUUUCUGCUGAUCAGGACAAUGUUCCAGAAACAGUUUGUCACCCGCCUCCAUCACAAUGGCAACAGUCUCAGAAAACUGUUAAUGUUUUAGACCCUGUUACAAACAAGAGGUGAAGAGGAAGACCUAAGGGUAGUCGAAACAAGUCCAAAGCAUAGACUGGUUAUAAGAAGAAGAAAGUCAAACGGGUUGAUCAUGCAACUCAGUUCAUACUGGACACAUUUUAUCCUUCAUCUUUCUAUGGGGAAGUUCAGACUAGACGACAAAAACUACUUCAGCAGAAUCAGCAUGCCAAAAUUCAACUGAGCACCAAAAAUGCUACUUUAAAUCUCAGUGAUAGUGAUGACUGCGCAUCUGAACAUUCAUUUGAAUUAGGAUAUGUCAGGAAUGGACUGAAGAUGGCAUGGAGGUUGGGCAAUCUUGGCAUGGUGUAAUUGGGGAUCAAGGUCUUAGAACAUGGGUUGUAAUUGUUAUCGUUUUGCAUUUUUUGGAUACCUUAACCUAGAUUAUUGCCUGUGUUCAUGGUUGCAGUAUGCCUGUCUACCUUAUUUUGAAACUAAUUAAUUAACCUAUAUUUUGUUC